AUGUUCAAGAGCGGCAUUUCCUCCUUCGCCCGGGCGGCUCGCCCUUCCUUCGCGGCGACCGCUUCCCGUCGCGCCAUCAGACCGUCUACCUUUAGACUCCCUGCCUCCAGCAGAUUCGCCAGCACUGCCGGUGUCGGUGAUGGAAAGAUUUACCAGGUCAUUGGUGCCGUCGUCGACGUCAAGUUCGACACCGCCAAGCUCCCUGCCAUUCUGAACGCCCUCGAGACGACAAACAACGACCAGAAGCUGGUUCUUGAGGUCGCGCAACACUUGGGUGAGAAUGUCGUCCGCUGUAUUGCCAUGGACGGUACCGAAGGUCUCGUCCGUGGCCGCGCCGCCACCGACACUGGUGCCCCCAUCACCAUCCCCGUCGGCCCCGAGACUCUGGGCCGUAUCAUCAACGUCACUGGUGACCCCAUUGACGAGCGUGGCCCUAUCAAGACCGACAAGAGACUCCCCAUUCACACCGAGCCCCCCGCGUUCAUCGACCAGUCCACCACCGCCGAGGUUCUCGUCACCGGUAUCAAGGUCGUCGAUCUGCUCGCCCCUUACGCUCGUGGUGGAAAGAUUGGUCUCUUCGGUGGUGCCGGUGUCGGCAAGACCGUCUUCAUUCAGGAGUUGAUCAACAACAUCGCCAAGGCCCACGGUGGUUACUCCGUCUUCACUGGUGUCGGUGAGCGUACCCGUGAGGGUAACGAUCUGUACCACGAGAUGCAGGAGACUUCCGUCAUUCAGCUUGACGGCGAGUCCAAGGUCGCCUUGGUCUUCGGUCAGAUGAACGAGCCCCCCGGUGCCCGUGCCCGUGUUGCUCUUACCGGUCUGACUAGUACGUACCUUGACAACCCUUCUCUACUACCAUCCCUUCUCUUACAACCACCAUCCCUUUUAUCACAACUACCAUCCAUUCUUCAAUCACCAUCCUUGAUCCAGACGGAAUGUACUGACAACCCCAAAUUCGCCGAGUACUUCAGAGAUAUCGAGGGCCAGGAUGUGUUGCUCUUCAUCGACAACAUUUUCCGUUUCACGCAGGCCGGUUCCGAGGUGUCCGCCCUUCUGGGCCGUAUCCCGUCCGCCGUCGGUUACCAGCCCACCCUCGCCAUCGACAUGGGUGGCAUGCAGGAGCGCAUUACCACUACCAAGAAGGGAUCCAUUACUUCCGUCCAGGCCGUCUACGUCCCUGCUGACGAUUUGACUGACCCUGCCCCCGCCACCACUUUCGCUCACUUGGACGCCACCACUGUCUUGUCCCGUGGUAUCUCCGAGUUGGGUAUCUACCCCGCCGUCGACCCCCUCGACUCCAAGUCUCGCAUGCUGGACCCCCGUAUUGUCGGCCAAGACCACUACGACACUGCCACCCGCGUCCAGCAGAUUCUUCAGGAGUACAAGUCUCUCCAGGACAUCAUUGCCAUUCUGGGUAUGGACGAACUUUCCGAGGCCGACAAGCUCACCGUCGAGCGUGCCCGUAAGAUCCAGCGUUUCCUGUCCCAGCCUUUCACGGUUGCCCAGGUUUUCACUGGUAUCGAGGGUAAGCUCGUUGACCUGAAGGAGACGAUCAACUCCUUCAAGGCCAUCCUGAGCGGCGAGGGUGACAACCUUCCCGAGGGUGCCUUCUACAUGGUUGGUGACUUCGCCUCGGCCAAGGAGAAGGGUGAGAAGAUUCUUGCGGAUCUGGAGAAGAACUAA